CUUCCUCACAACAAGAACGCCGUCUUCGUGAUGGCGCCUCCUCAUUCUUCACCUCGAUUCUCCGAUUCCCCAGUCAGGGGAUCACAUCCUUUCUUUCCAUACUAGUCCGCGUGGCCUCUGAUCCUCUCCCAGUCCCAACCAGCACCGGUAUGCAUCCCUUGAUUGACCACCACCGCCGCCGGGUCUUUAAAGCCAACCCGUGGACUGAGACAUCGCUUGGGGAGCGGGUGAUAACUUCAUGAUGGGCGACUACAGGCUUAACGAGUAUACCGAUCUGGCCGCGCUGGCCGCUGAGCAUGGCCUGGAGCUGACGCCCGAUGGCUGCCACCUGCGCUGGGCGCGCACCAACCGCAAGCAUCCGCGCAACUGGCACCCAUGCCGCAAGUCCUACGACAUCGUCGUGAUAUCGCUCUUGGAGUUCUUCACCACAUGUCUCAGCACCUCAGGAGCUACGGCAGCCACCGCGGCCCAGAGCGAAUUCCACACCGGGAAGACCUUGACGCUGUUCCUCUAUGUGUCCACAUACCUGUUGGGCCAAGGCCUGGGAGGCAUCGUCUUCCCCCCCUAUUCGGAAUCAUUUGGCCGCAAGAAGCUCUACAUCGCCAGUGCCACGCUGUACAGCGUGUUCUGUCUCGUCAUCGCCGCGGUUCCGUCCGUGGGGGCGCUCGUUGUAGGUCGCUUCAUCACCGGCUUCCUCUCGGCCAUCCCCACGGUGGUGAUCACCGGCAGCAUCGAGGAUAUGUUCAACUCGCAGGACCGGAUCCUGGUGAUGCUGAUCUACGUGGCGAUGGCGUGUAUGGGCGUCAGCGCGGGGCCCAUCAUCAGCUCCUACAUCGCCGUUCGAUACGGAUGGCGAUGGAUCUUCUAUAUCGGCGCCAUCGUGACUAUCUUUCUUGCGGGACUGCUCCUGUGCAUCAAGGAGUCGCGCCCGUCCCUGAUCCUGGUGCAGGAGGUGCAGACCCUGCGCAAGCUGACGGGCAACGAUUCCCUGCAAGCCCAGAACCCGGACUUUAUGCCGGAUCUGCGCACGUUUCUCCACCUCGGGCUGCUGCGGCCGCUUCGUCUGUUCGUGACGGAGCCGAUCGUGUUCAUCGUCACGAUGAUCUUCGGGGUGUGUGUCGCCCUGGUCUAUCUCUUCACCGAGGCCCUGCCGCCUGUCUACGAGACAUUCGGCUUCGGCACCGAGACCGCAUCCCUCCCGUUCCUGGCCAUCAGCCUCGGCGUGAUUCCCAACGCCAUCACCCGUCUGCUCGACUACCGGAUUAUCCAGAAGCGUCUGAAGGAAGGCACCCCGAUCGCCCCAGAGCACAAGCUAACGGGGAUCUAUAUCGGGGCUCCCGUCCUCGCCAUCGCCCUGUGGUGGUUCGCCUGGACCAUCCCCCCGGCCGUGACCAAUAUUCACUGGUCCAUCUCCGUCGUCGCCCUCUUCUUCAUCGGCUACGCCCUCAAUGAGAUGGAGAUUGUCGUGACCGCCUAUAUGGCCGAUAGCUAUCUCAGCUACGCGGCCAGCGGAUUCGCCGCCCUGUCUAUCAUCCGAUCCAUCCUAUCGGCCGCCUUUCCCCUCUUCGGCAGCAAGAUGUUCGAUGGCCUGGGCGCUAACGCCGCGGUUUCUGUUCUCGCCGGCCUGGCCACCCUGUUUUGUCUGGUUCCGCCUCUUCUUGGUCGUUAUGGGGAGCGCAUGCGGAAGCGCAGCAAAUUCGCCAAAUAUAGUCUUCAGGUUUAUGCUGAGAAUGGGGUCGAUAGUGACUUUUUGUAGUUUUCUGUCUCUCUCUCUCUCUCUCUCCUCUCUCCCUGUGCGACCCGACAGGGAUCAUCUGAGGCUGACCUGACUUGUUUUGAUACUUGAGUCAGACGCUAAGCAUUUCGCCCCUUCUAGUUACCCCAAGCGAUCAACUGUUACUUAAAAUAGGAUAGCUUCUCCUUUCACAGUGUGAGGAUCUGGCACGUGAUCUGCAUCCAUAAGAUGGUUACGUGAUCAUGGGCGUUUGCUGUUUGUUGUAUAUUACGGUAUUACCCCACCAGUGCUUCGUAGUUGAUCUUCUUUUUAUUUUCCCCCAGACUUGACUGUUUUCGUG